AUGAGAGCCGCCUGCUGCUGGCUCGCCGUAGCCGGCCUCAGCGCCCUCGCCGUGCAUGCAGACACCCGCGGUUUGCUGCAUUCUUUUUACAAAUACGACGUUUGCCGGCGCGAUUUCCUAAACAUAGCAGCCACUGGAGACACAAAAAGCCCCGCCUGCUUCGCCUUUUCGCGGACAGAAAACCCCGAAGAGCGCUACAGCAAGUUUGCUGCAGAGAUCGAGGCGCGGCCGUUCGGCUUCUACGGGCCGCGGGCCCGCAUUCUGCAGCGGCUGGCUGCGUACGCGCCUGCUGCAGUGGAGCUGCAGCAGCACCAGCAGCAGCUGCUGCAGCAGGGGCUGCGUGCUGCUGCUGCUCCUGCUGCUUUCAAGGAAAAGCUGCUGGACCUCGUGGCUUUUCUCUGCUGCCUCAGCAGACAAGCUUCUGAUGUCAAAUGGUCCAAAGAACAAAUUCAAAAGUGGGAAGCUUUGGGGCUGGACGUGCAGGAGGAGUUAUCCAAGAAAGAGGCGCCGCCGCCCGCGCCCAGCCCUCCGCCUGCAGCAGCACCAGCAGCAGCAGCAGCAGCAGCAGCAGCAGCAGCUCCUUCUGAAGUUCAACUCGGACUCGCCGAGGCGCUGCUCGCGCUGCCCUCCGGCGGCCGCGCAGUGCUCCACUUCGAACCCACCAGUGGUCCACUGGUGGUCCACUUGAGUGGACCAGUGGACCAGUGGUCUUUGGACUUGGUGCGGCAGCAGCUGCUGCAGCAGCAAGCAGCAAUUCAAAACAAGCUGCUCGAAGCCUCCGGCAAGUCCGAACUCCAGGAAGCUCGAAGUGUCAACAAAUGGAACUUGAGAGAAAUUAAUGUUCUCGCGGACUUAAACAAAAUAAUCGAAAGUGCAAAGACAGAUACCGUUGUGCCAUUCACCGUCACAGGCAAGUGCAGCAGCAGCAGCAGCAGCAGCAGUAGCAGCAGCAGCAGCAGCAGCAGCAGCGGCAGUAGCAGUAGCAGUAGCAGUAGCAGCAGCAGCAGCGGAAGCAGCAGCAGCUGCGCAGCAGCAGCAGCAGCAGUAGCAGCAGCACGGCAGUUAUGCGAAGCUCUCGCUGCAUGCAUGUGA